UGUGGUGAACUCCCUACUUGAUAUCUUCAUAGAAUGUGAAAAUGGUUCUCCUUACCAUGACUCCGACUAUAGUCGAAGCAUUACAAAUCCUCCAUGAAUUCGAAAAUGCCCAUUCUCAUGACGAGCCAACACAGCUGCCUAGUGAACAGCAAGCAGAGAGAGAAAUCGAAGACAACCCGGAAACCUACUCGGAAAACAAAGUUCAGCUGAAUGCAGAAGACAACAAGACAGAUGCAGAUAUAACUGAAGAGAAUACUCAUAAUAAAUCGCUUGUCCAGCAGGAUGUGCUCACAGCGAGUUUAGAAGACGCAAACCUGGCAGAAAUUGCAACGGUGUCAAAGGAACCGCCGUUAAAAAAUCCCAAAAGUGGUAAUCCCAUAUCUCAUGGUCAAGCCAUUGAUCUAUCUCGAAAGCUAAGGAAAUACAAUCUUUCGCCGCUCACUUUGGAGCUCUUGCUUCGAGGGUCUCGUGUCUACAUUUCACCUCCUGUACCAAAGGCAGAACCUACGUCGGAAUACAAAGCUCUAAUGGCAAGACUUCGACGCGAAGAAGAAGCUCGAGCAUAUGAUCGAAUGACAAAUCCGCCGCCUCCCAUGGAAACAUUCGCACAAAGAUUUCCAUCUACAUCUGCCGCUUAUGCUUUCACUGCCAACUUUCCAGAAGUAGGAAACACCGAGGAUGACGACGUUACAUAUGCGGAUAUCGAUCGACAAAUUGCUGUUAUAUUUAAUGUCAUUGUAUCUAUUAUUGCUUGUGCAUUUGGGUUAUGGAUGGCUGCAAGGUGGUGGAGCACACCUGCCCGAUUAGCUUUGAGUAUGAGUGGUAGUCUCCUGGUUGGCAUUGCCGAGGUGGUAGUUUACAUGGGCUACAUCAGACGAGUUGGAGAAGCCAAAGGGCAAGCGAAGAAGCUGCAGGAGGUCAAGGAGGUAAUGAAGACAUGGGUAGUUGGUGGCGAUGCAAUGGAUGAACGAACAGAGCCUGUCAUAAUUGGCGAAAAAGAUGUUAUCGAAGAUGCAAAGCCACGCAGAAGAAAGAACGGUUGAUACAAGCUCAGGAAGCUCCGGUUUGAAAUUCUUCGAGGCGUGUCCUAUUAUGGCCUUCUAAUUAUUAACAUCAGACGAUGUUAAUGGCUCUGUAACAAUUAUGAGAGUUUCGCGGCUUACAGCAGGUCGAAAUCUGUUACGAGUUUUAAAUUAGAUAUACAACAGUCUACCAUGUUUACUCAAAUCAUUGAAGAGGAGUGAAAGGAUUGCUUCAUCGCAUCCCACGAUAAAUUGGCGCUAACAUUAGAGGAGAUCUGCGAGACAUGAACUUUGACCAUCAUGAGGAUAUAUAUUUAGUUGAUAAUAUCCCUAGAAAGUUCCUAGAACAUUCAGUCACAUUCCUUCGAGUCAAGAACAAUACAUUUUUGUUUCCAUCACGAAUCAGAAGACUUCGCUUCGAAUCCACCCAACAUCUAUUUUUAGAUACGGGAUAAUCCCAUUCCAACAAAUAUAUCAAGCACAUUGCAUGACCUUCAACAUCCUCCUCUGUUCAGUUCAACUCUCCAUCCAUACCGAGCUCAUAAUUCAUCCCAGCAAUUAAUUCAAAAUUGUCAACUACCAAAUUCCUACAACAUACUCGAUCUCACCACAGCUUCUGAGAAGUACAAGAUCAGAUCCUUCUAGCCACAAUCAGUCACGCCCACAAUUACUUUUCGAAAGGAUCACGAAUUCUAAUUUAAUCUUCAUUGUCAAUACUAUGGAUUCUCUUACUGAAUAUCAACAACAAUUGCAAUCCUUGGAGCAUGAGAACAAGCAGCGACAAGCCCGCGCACGAAAGGCUAAGACAUCUCAAGAUGGCUCCUAUAUGUGUGAUUCUGCGGAAUCCCCGUGUCUUCUGGACGUACAAUUGGAAAUGCUACGUAGGAGCAUGACUUCUGACUCGCAUGGGGGAAAAACAGAGUCGACGACAUCGAGGUGAUGCUUUUACGCUUUUGCAUGCAGUUCUUUCUUUGCCGGGCUGGGUCAUUUAUGGGGGUUAUGGCAGGAAUAGAUUUGGGAUGGGUUAACAAAGAUUAGACGGAACUUGGUACGGCGGAUUUGGAUUCGAAAACAGAGGAUACAGACAAAUUUCUCACUUCUGAUAUGUGCUGGCACAUACAACGCCCAAUGUUUAAUAGAUGGAUAGGGCAUGGACUCGGGAUAAUUUAAUACGCCCGAUGUUGCUAGCCGUGUGGGUUCGUACGUUCAAGAGAUUUCAAGGCGUUUUUGCGCCUUGCUCUGUUGCAUUAAAGGUUGGAGAAAAGUACACACGAUUAAUAGACAUCAUAAUGCAUUAGCUUUUACAUCACGAUUAUACUAAUGCCCUGUAUUUAUGUCGACGGGUGAUGCAUCUUUCCUCUAUCCGGCUUGGCUAGAUUACUGUGCCGCCGCCACAGUCGGGCACAGCCACUAGCCUUCCCCAAACUACCUAGGUAGGUCACUUUGUCUCGAGGUCCUUCCCACAAUUCGCGUCUUCCAAAUUCGAGGCUUUCAUCUUGAUCUUCAUUCCUUUUCCCCUACUCUCAAAUGGCACUCGCCCGCCAGCCUCAUCUUCUCUCGCCCCCGCCCCGUCUUCGUUGCUCUCACUUCUUGGUAUCCCCCCUGCAUCCUUCAGCCUCAUGUAUCAAUUGGACCUCAGCGAUGUUCUCAUGCCAACAUCUCUGGUUUCAUCUGGAUUCCAGGUUUAUUUAAACCCCUUUGUCUGCCUCUUUUAUUUUGACUGUUUACAUGAGGGUUUAAUUGU